AUGGAGACUAGCGCAUAUCCAACGAGAAGCCCUCUGUGGGUAGCUCCUCUGCCUCUCCAGCAGGACGGCACCAGACGAAUCAACAGCGUUCUUAUUGCCAAUCGGGGUGAGAUUGCUUGUCGAGUCAUUGCCACCUGUCGCAAACUCCAGAUCAAGUCGAUUGCCAUUUAUGCCGACGAAGAUGCCGUCUCCAGGCACGUGUCAGAAGCUGAUGAAGCCAUUAACCUUGGCUCCAUGGACAAUCCCGAUGGCAACCCCUUCUUGAAUAUUCAACUCCUCGUCGAUAUCGCCCUCAACGCUGGAGCCGACGCCAUUCACCCCGGAUACGGAUACUUGAGUGAGAAUUCCCGAUUCGCCGACGCAGUUCGAGCUGCUGGCCUCAUCUUUAUCGGACCCAGUUCAUCCGCCAUUAACACCUUGGGCGAUAAGCGAGAAGCCAAGGAGUACCUCAGUCAGCAUGAGCCGAGUGUCCCUUUGAUUCCCGGGUUCACCGGCUCCUCUAGUGGAAUCCAGCUCGAAGACUUGCAAGUUCAGGCUGAGAGAAUUGGUCUUCCUGUCAUGAUCAAGGCUUCAGCUGGAGGUGGUGGAAAAGGACUAAGAAUCGUCCGGGACAUGUCGGCCCUGGAAUCCGAGUUCAACAGAGCCCAGUCCGAGGCGCAACGGUCAUUCGGCUUGAGCGACUGCAUCAUGGAAAAGUACAUCGAAGCAGGAAAACACGUCGAAGUCCAGAUCAUGGGCGACAGCCAUGGAAAGGUCAUCUCACUGUGGGAACGCGACUGCUCGGUCCAGCGCAGGCACCAAAAAGUUGUUGAGGAGUCACCAUGUGCUUGGCUCAAUCAGUCGCAGAGGGAAGCCAUGUGCGCUGAAGCCGUCAAGAUUGGAGAACUGUUGAAAUACGAAGGAGCCGGGACCGUCGAGUUUAUUCUCGAUGUUGCGACUGGAAACUUUUACUUCCUCGAGGUCAACGCACGUCUUCAAGUCGAGCAUCCCAUCACAGAAGAAUGCACCGGCCUCGAUCUCGUUUCCCUCCAACUCUUUGUAGCCUCUGGUGGAAGUUUGGAGAGUGUACCCCAUCUGCAAACCAUUCCUCAAAACGGACAUGCCAUCGAGUGCAGACUCUGCGCAGAAGAUCCUCAGCGCGACUUUGCCCCCCAACACGGUCUUAUCCGAGUUUGGGCUCCUUCAGCAAUCGAGAGUCGGGAGAAUGUGCGCUUCGAGACAGCUAUUGAGAGUGGAGCUAGAGUUUCCAUCUACUUUGACUCGAUGAUAGCCAAGAUCGUGGUCUGGGCUCCUACACGAUCUAUGGCUAUCCAAAGAAUGGCACGCAUUCUAUCAGACACGGUAUGCAUGGGAGUCUCAACAAAUCAACACUUUCUUCAGGCCUGUCUUCUCCACGAAGGAUUCCGACGGGUAGACUAUACCACUUCAUUCAUCCCAACCAAUCUCGAGUCGCUACUCAAGAGUCCUACUUCCGUCAACGGACAGGUCCCAAUGGACCUCUACUCCAUCAUCCCGAGUCUGUUUUUACGAAAACUUCGAGACGAGCACAAAUCACGGAGCACUUUUAGAAACGUCCGGCUGGGCUUUCGAAAUCAGCGAUUCGACAAGAUUAACACACCCUGUGAUGUUGUGACAAGGUUUGAUGCUGUCAAGGGAACGACUGUAGAUGCACGGGUUUCUCGCCUUCUCUUUUCUUCCAAGGCCGCAUCAAAUGAUUUCAUUGUCGAGACUGCGCCUGUUCCCCCAGCGGCUCUUGAGGCUGAAGAGGACGCAAAUGGUGCAGCAGUUGUCACGAAGGCCUAUAAUGCACUGAGUGCAUCUCUCCGAGCCGAGACUCUCCCCAACUCUGAGACUUUCUCUAUCAAGAUUCAUUCCCUACAAACUCGACGACUCGAUUUUGGGAACGGUUCAGGUUGUGAAAUGGGUCGCAUUGAAGUGACCAUCGGCAGGAACAAGAUCCUAGGCUUCGUCGCAACAGGCAAUCACAUCUCCAGCGAGUCAGACACCGGAGACUUUACAAGAAUCUUCUGCCACUUCCCCGCCAUUGGAACACCUCUCGAGUACCACUGUUACUCGGUCCUGUCAUACUACGAAAGCCAGCGCGUCGCCAUCGCCGGAGGACCAGCCAGCACGGGUAGUAUCAACGCUCCGAUGCCUUGCAAGGUUCUUCAGGUGCUGAAAAAGGCGGGAGAUGAAGUCAAGACGGGAGAGAUUGUCAUGAUUAUUGAGAGUAUGAAGAUGGAGAUUACUAUUGCUGCUUCCAAGGAUGGCAAGUUUGAGUCGAAUGUUAAGGAAGGCGAGGCUGUGAACGAGGGUAUUAAGCUGUGUAGCUUCAACUAG